GCCUACAUGUAUAACGGCGAUAUUGUUCAGCGAAACUGCCAGAUAGGCUACCUAUAAGAGAGUCGUGAGCGCCAAGUAACGUGCCCGGUUAUGUUGUAUCUCCUUGUGUUCUAUGUCGUUUUUGCGUGUUCAUAACAUCUCUGCGCAGCGCGCCGGGUAGUGUCACCAGAGAGAAAGGAGACGAGGGAGGGGGGUCGGCUGAAUGCAAGGAGUCGCUCCCCCCGAUGAAUUGAAUAGUGCAGUGCUGCUCCUUGGAAGCAGGCCAACGUCCCUGUGAAAAAGCGCGUUUAGCGGCGAGAUGGGAUGUCUUGGCACUGUUGUCAGCCCGGUCUGCUUGCAGUGAGAGAAAGGAGGGAGGGCUGAACUGGAUUCCGGCUACCAGCUACCCUUGCCGGUCACAAUGGAAUGGAUGCUGUCGGUGUUUUAGGCCGGGAUACCACUCUACCUCGGACCUAAGAUAUUCUUGGAUUAAUACAGUUGGGACGUUUUUUGAUCGAGUUGUUGAAAAUUCAUGUUGAAGGGACAGUGAAAUCUACAAGAUGACGGAGGGGCGACGAUGUCAGGUCCAUCUCCUGGACGACAGGAAGCUGGAGCUCCUAGUGCAGCCCAAGCUGAUGGCCAAGGACCUGCUGGACCUGGUGGCGUCCCACUUCAACCUGAAGGAGAAGGAGUACUUUGGGAUCGCCUACACGGACGAGACGGGUCACUUCAGCUGGCUGCAGCUGGACAGGCGUGUGCUGGAGCACGAGUUCCCCAAGAAGUCUGGACCCAUCAUCCUCUACUUCUGCGUAAGGUUCUACAUUGAGAGUAUAUCCUACCUGAAGGACAAUGCUACCAUCGAGCUCUUCUUCCUCAAUGCAAAGUCUUGCAUAUAUAAGGAGCUGAUUGAGGUGGACAGUGAGAUAGUCUUUGAGCUGGCCUCCUACAUUCUCCAGGAGGCGAAAGGAGACUUUACCAGUAACGAUGCCACGAGGGGUGACCUGAAGAAGCUGCCCGCUCUGCCCACGCAAGCUCUCAAAGAUCACCCGUCACUGGCCUACUGUGAGGACCGAGUCAUUGAGCACUACAAGAAGCUGAGCGGUCAGUCCAGGGGCCAGGCCAUUGUGAACUACAUGAGCAUAGUGGAGUCCCUGCCCACAUAUGGAGUUCAUUACUACGCUGUAAAGGACAAGCAGGGCAUCCCGUGGUGGCUGGGCCUCAGCUACAAGGGCAUCUUCCAGUACGACUACCAGGACAAGGUCAAACCCAGGAAGGUGUUCCAAUGGAGGCAGCUGGAGAACCUCUAUUUCAGAGAGAAGAAGUUCUCCGUUGAAGUGCACGACCCCAGAAGCAGGGCGUCGGUGACCCGAAGGACCUUUGGUCACAGUGGCAUCGCCGUGCACACCUGGUACGCCUGUCCUGCACUCAUCAAGUCCAUCUGGGCUAUGGCCAUUAGCCAGCAUCAGUUUUACCUGGACCGCAAACAGAGCAAGUCUAAGAUCCAUGCGGCACGCAGCCUGAGUGAGAUCGCCAUAGACCUGACCGAGACGGGCACUCUGAAGACCUCGAAGCUGGCCAACAUGGGCAGCAAGGGAAAGAUCAUCAGUGGCAGCAGUGGCAGUCUGCUGUCUUCUGGCUCCCAGGAGUCGGACAGUUCUCAGACGGCUAAGAAGGACAUGCUGGUGGCCUUGAGGGCGCGGCAGGACGCCCUGGAGGAGACGCUUCGCCUGCGACUAGAGGAGCUCAAGAACAUCUGCAUCAGAGAGGCCGAGCUGACGGGCAAGCUGCCCAAGGAGUACCCGCUGGACCCGGGCGAGGAGCCGCCAACGGUGCGGCGGAAGAUUGGCACGGCCUUCAAGCUGGACGAGCAGAAGAUCAUGCCCAAGGGAGAGGAGGAGGAGCUGGAGCGUCUGGAGCGUGAGUUUGCCAUCCAGUCCCAGAUCACGGAGGCGGCGCGGCGCCUGGCCACUGACCCGCACGUCAGCAGCAAGAAGCUGAAGAAGCAGCGCAAGACCUCCUACCUCAACGCCCUCAAGAAGCUGCAGGACAUCGAGAACGCCAUCAACGAGCACCGCGUACGCUCCGGCAAGAAGCCCACGCAGAGGGCCUCGCUCAUCAUCGAGGAAGCAAAUAUUGGAUCAGAGGACAGCUCUUUGUCUGACGCUCUGGUGUUAGAUGAUGAUGACGCCCAGACCACGGUCACCCCCAACUUCUCCCCCGCCGCCUCCCCCCACAAAGGCCUGCCUCCUCGGCCGCCCUCGCACAGCCGCCCCCCUCCUCCGCAGUCCCUGGAGGGCCUCCGGCACCUGCACUACCAGCGCACCGACUACGACAAGUCCCCCAUCAAGCCCAAGAUGUGGAGCGAGAGCUCCCUGGACGAGCCCUACGAGAGGGUCAAGAAACGCUCCUCACACUCCAGCAGUCACCGGCGGUUCCCCAGCACGGGCAGCUGCACUGAGGCAGGGGGCAGUAACUCUCUGCAGAGUAGCCCCAUCAGGAGCCUCCCCCAGUGGAGCUCCCAGUCCAGCAUGCCCUCCACCCCGGACCUGAGGACCAGAGCACCCCACUACGUCCACUCCACCAGGUCCGUGGACAUCAGCCCCACGCGGCUGCACAGUCUGGCUCAGCACUUCCGCCACCGCAGCUCCUCGCUGGAGUCGCAGGGCAAGCCGCUGGGCCUGGAGGCGGAGGCGGGCGCCUCGUCGCCGGACCUCUGCCCGCACACGCCGGGCACCAACGGCUCCGACCCGCUGGACGACUGCUCGUCCUGCACCAGCCAGUCCAGCUGCUGCGAGCACUUCUACGCGUCGGGCGCCGGCGGCGGCGUCGGCUCGUCGUCGUCCGCCGGACACAGCGGCGGCCACGCCAACUACUCCACGCUGGCCGAGGACUCGCCGUCCAAGGCGCGCCAGCGCCAACGCCAGCGCCACCGCUCGGCCGGGCACCUGGGCAGCUCCAACUCGGGCAGCAUGCCCAACCUGGCGGCGGCACGCGGCCCUGGCGGUGGUAGCUGCGUCGGGGCGGGCGGCUCGGGCUCGGGGGGGUCCGGCGCCCUGGGCGGCGCCCAGCACGGCGUCUACAUGAGCAGCCAGAGCCAGCCGUCGUCGCAGUACCGCAUCCGCGAGUACCCGCUGUACGUGGACGGCGGCAGCCCGGCGGGCGUGGUGGUGCGCAGCCUGGAGAGCGACCAGGAGGGCCACUACAGCGUCAAGGCCCAGUUCAAGACCUCCAACUCCUACACGGCCGGCGGCAUGUACAAGGAGAGCUGGGGGGGCGGCGGCGGGGACGACGAGGGAAGCAGCAGCGGCGGGAGCGGGCGGCUCACGCCCUCGCGCUCGCAGAUCGUGCGGACGCCGUCGCUGGGCCGGGACGGCGGCGGCGGCGGCGGGGGGGGGAGGACGGCCGUGUCCGAGGAGCUGCGCUGCUGGUACCAGCGCUCCAGCGGCUCCAUCAAGGAGACCAGCGGACGCAGCAGCAGCCGGGUCGGAACGCUGGCCAAGGGCUCGCCAGCGGCCUCCCCACACAGCCAGCGGAGUGGAACUCCAUCCAGUGAGCUGGCAGCAACACCCCCCAUCAGUCCACAGCAUAUUCUGAGCUGGCAGAGCGGAUCUCUCAAAGACAGCUGUUUCCUGAACGGCUCCCUGUAUUCUGAGCUGGUGGACGUGCAGUGGUAUGGACACGAGAAGGCCAAGCCUGGAACCCUCGUCUGACCCACCCCCCUUCUCCUCCGGUCAUCUCUCCAUCCCUCCCUCCAUCUCUCGAUCUCUCUUGUUCUCCCGCCAUCCAUCUAUCACUGCCCAUCGUACCCAUCCUCUAGGCAGGCUUGAGCCAUAUGGGCAGACCUCUCAGCCACCCUCUACGAAGACCUGCACACACACACACACACACACACACACACACACACACACACACACAAACACAAACACAGCGCCUCUCACGCUCACACGUGUGUGUGUCUGUUUAGAGGGACACUGCUGGACUAAGAGAGUUCACAUCAGACAGAGGAACUGAAUCUGUGGAAAAAACUGAGUCUGAACUGAAUCUGAAUCUGAACUGAAGUGACUCCCGAAUACCCUUGAAACCCUUAGUCCCUCGUGCCAUCAGACUCGUCUUCACCUUUGAACUUUGAACCCAGAGAGCGGCAGACCAACAGCACAUAGAUCGACCACAGCUGUAGCCAGUCCACGGUUGGACAGACGUAUGUUGGUGUGUGUGGCUGGUCUGAUCCCGUGAUUGUGUGUGUGUUUGUGUGUGUGUGUGCACAUAUCACAUUGGCUCAUUUCAACACCAUAUGCGUUUGGAAGAGGGAGAAAUGGAGACUGAUCUCCCACGCACACAUGGACACACAAACUAGCACACACACACACACACACACACACUCAUGUUCAAUCUAAGAGACUGUAUUGUACUCCAAGCCGCCCCUUUACCCAAAAACCCCACACAGGCAAUACACACACACACACACACACACACACACACACACACCACUCGGUGACUGCAUAUCCCUGAUCUUGACUAAGCGGUGAGGUGUGAUGUGUGUCACUGACCGCCAUGCUCUGCGACGUGGACUCAUUCAGCCUCCAUCUGAGGAAUUAGGGUUCGGCUCUUUUGUUCGUUUUUGUUUGUUUGUUUGUUUGUUUGUUUCAUUCUGUAUUGUUUUGUAAAAAGAUUUUUAAAAGAAGUUAUAUAAAUCUCUCUCUAUAUAUAUAUAUCACUGGAGGCAAACUCCUUUCCUCAUCCUCCCUCUCCUGCCCUCUUUUACGGAUCAUACGCUCACCCUCUCUUCACCAGCUGUGGAUAGUCCUGAAAACGACAACAGCAACAACAACAACAACAACAACAACAAAAAAAACAACAGCAACAACAACCUUCCCAGCCCUCUCACCCGCAACCAAAGAGCAGCAGACUCCCCAGCUCCUCCUCCACCUACGUCUACACCCCAGCCCACACCCGAGCCGACCAGGCACCGUGGAAGUUUCCAGAACUCCCUGACCAGCAGCCCAGCCAGACCCGUUGUUGGCCGGACAGACUGCUGGAGCCCUGGGCCUCCUGAAGCUCAGUUGAUACCGGGGCGCUCGCUCAUGCUGAAUUGUGACCCCCCCUUCCCCUUUCCCAUGUUCGCUCCUCCGACUCCGGCUAGCAGGGUGUUUUCUUAUACCCCCAACCCCCUCAAACACAGUGUGGGAGUGCAGGAGGGGGGUGGAGGGGGAGUGAAAAUGUGUUUGUUUGUUCGCUUGUUGGGUUUGUCGGGAAUUUUGUUCGGGGGAGAUCUUCAUGGUGUUGAAAACGUUUUGUGUGACGUCUCCUUGUUCGAUUUACGAGAUCUGUGGACUGUUUGUCCGUGCCAGCAUGGGUAUUGAAGGCGUUAUCUGUGUGCUAGGGGGCUCGUGUGUGUCCCCCCAGCGUGUAAACUAGCGUGUUUGGUAACCAUGGUAACGAAAAGCUGCAUCCAGCCUCCUCCAAGCACUCUCCUACUCUUUCCUAAAUAUGACUAUGGUGCUUAGAACAUGUACUGUACAAAGCCCAUAGGGGGGUAGGGACUACAACUCCCAGCAACCUUUGCUCUCCCUCAGUGUUCAAAUACAGCGCAAAUAACUUAAACAAGGGUUCAUGGCAGACUGAGUGCUUCAUGCCUUACAGUGGAACCCAAAGGAGGGUUCCCAGCACCAAACAUGGAAAACCGAGGGAAACAGGACAGUGAAUGGUCAACUGCCAAUAUCCAUGGACGUUUAUAUCUAUCAUGAGUUACCUCUUGCCACAGUUAUUAAUAUUCAAGUGAUAUUCAUAAGAGCACAGCCAAUAUUAGCACACAGGAUUUCACCUGAAGGACAAAACUGCACAUUUUGAAAACCACAACAGCAUUCCAGCAUGUAACAAAGGCCAGAGCUUAACAAGAAAACCUCAGCUGAAGGGAAGUAAGCAAAAAAGAAUCUAGACGGAAAUCUGACUGAACGUGCUGUUUUCUGUUGCCAUUCUAACAGCUCCAGCGUAGGCUCUCAGAUGCGAGGGCUGUUCUGAGUUCAGUUUUCAUCGGGUGUCCAUUUGGAUCCGUGCUUUAACCCCAAAUGAAAAGGCAGCGUAUACUGCAGUAAGUACAGUGGGUUAAAGAGAAUCAGUUGAAAUAUCCCAUCAUCAGCUCACCUGUCGGGCUUUAGGACAGCAGUAGCUUCUUUGACCUCCACCGUCCCAGAUAACUAAACAGUGAUCAGCCUGUUGCCGAAGGCACUCAAAUGGUUCCAUCAACAACUUCUUAAGUGCAACCCCAGAGCGUCUCAGUUUUGCUUUCAUGGUACCUCCUCCAUGUAAGCCGAUAAGCUAUGAGGCUCUCUGGACGCGAUAGUGCUUUAUUUCUCUCAGCGAUUCUCCCUGCCCAACCGACCGACCGACCGACCGCCGUCACCUGCCUCCCCUCUGUCUGGAGCAGAGGGCCUACGUGAAGCCAUACUUUAAAUACAUUUUGAUAUCGCAUUCUGCAUGACCCUUGACAACCCCCCCCCCCCCCACCCCGACACUGAAUCUAUAACACACUCAACUGAAACGCGUACACACACAAGUGCAGAGAACGUGUAAAGACGCCCUUGCGGAGUAAUGAGAAGCACACAUUCAUAUGUGGUUUUUGGUUUUCGAAAACGUUUCGAAACAUUUUGAACGCGCUGAGAGCAUCAAUAUGUUGCUACUCCUUCUAGACAGCAAUCAGCAGUCCUUUUCUGUGUACAGAAAACCAAUUCCCUUGCGUUACACCCUGAGUUUUACUACCAGACAUCCAAACACACACACACACACACUUACAGUACAUGAACACACGCACUCCCAACAACUUGUGCUCGUCUCCUUGCUGUGCCAUGCCUCCCUGGCCCAGAUGUUGGAAGAUGACGGUAUGGGGGGAGAUGACUGUCGUUUGGUUCGCAUUUGUUUGUUUCAUUUAUGUCCUUAAUUGUUCGUUCAGAGAGGACCGCGUUGUGGCCCUGAAUCUGAGUAGUCAUCGCCACGCAUGCUGAUACUAAACACCAUGGAUUCUUCCCCUUCCCCCUCCUCCAAGAAGAAUAAAAAAAAAAGGAAAAACUUUUUAGAACCUCCAUGUGCAGUGAUCUGAGCCCGACCCUUGAAAUCAGACGCCCUGACCUUCACAUGUCUGCUUGGGGCUUUUUUGGUGACCUUUGACAUCUGUGACCCGUCUGAACUCCCCCUUGUAUACCCACGUUCCGCUCACCAUUGCAACCUGUACUCAAUAGCAACAUUAAGACUUUUUUAUAGUUCAGUAAAAUCUAAAACUAACACAUUUAUCAACACUUGUGAGGAUGGAAGGCAGUGUAGGCCGGUGAGAGUCAUUUUGGAAGACAAAUACUGUACACUUGCCAUUGUUUUAAAUGUUCGGGUUUUUUAAAAAAAAAACAUAUAAAUUACUCUUUUUUGUUUUCUUUUUUUUUUCUUUCUCAGACAUAGUAACAAACUCCCCCUUCCCUUUCAGGUGCUACAAGAAGACCAGUUACUGCUCGGAUCCUUAGGUGUAGACUUUUCCUAAUUGUUGUCAAUAGUUUUAAUACCAGUCGUGCAAACGGAAGGACGUUAGUUUGGACUAAACUGCGUAGCUCAGCCCACUAUUCCUCACAGUAGAGCAUGUAACAUGAUUUUACUGGGUUCUGUUCUUAACAUAACCAGACAAAAUGAAUAAUAAAAAAAAAAACGGUGUUGUAGAAAACAAUGUGGAAUUGUCGGGAAGAAAGAGAGAGAGAGAGAGAGGAAAAAAUACAGAAUUCCACAGUUAAUUUAUUCUUUUUUCUAUUAAGAAUUUGUAUAGUAACUUUACAUUUUUCAAAACUGUGUUGUUGGAAACUGAUACUGAAUUUUCCAGUUGAGAAAAACUUGGUGGUUCUUGAGAUUAUGAAAAUAAAUUAUUGCUGAAUGUUCUCUAAA